ACAGCGAGAAAUAUAUUGAGACUUGUUAUCGAAGUGACAGCAGUUAUAUCGAAUUAUAUUUAAAAAUGAGUAGAAUUGUAAGUGUGACAGUACAAAAUCAAACAGUAAGGAUACAUUUUAAAGGAGGACAAGUAACAGAUUUUGAGUGUAUUUGGCUUAGAGAUCAUUGCAGAUGUUCGACGUGCUACCAUUCAAAUACUUUUCAAAGAGCUCGACACUUAUUGGAUUUGUCCGACUCGAACAUUAAAAACAUCAAAUCCGAUACGGAACAUAUUUCUAUAACGUGGGAUGACAACCACGAAUCUAUUUACGAAGCUGAUUUCUUAGUAAAAUUUGAUUACAAGACGUGGGUGGAGAAAAGAAGACUCGUCCCAAAAUUGUGGCAUGGAGAAGAAAUCGCUGAAAAGGUGGCCAAAAUUUCCGUCGACGAUUUUCUCAGCUCUACAGAAGGCGCUCGAGAAGUAUUUCAAUCCCUUCUAGACUAUGGUGUUGCGCUAAUAGUAAACGUAGAGCCAACAAUGGAGGCGACAGAAAAAGUGUGUAAAGCUCUAGGUGGUGUUCAACACACGAUGUUUGGUGGAAUGUGGCUAGUGCACACAGACAUAAAACCUACAGACACAGCCUACACGAAUAUUCAUCUAGCCGAACAUACAGACAACACUUACUUUACUGAAGCAGCAGGACUUCAAAUAUUUCACGGUCUCGAGCACACAGAUGGCACAGGCGGGGAAACAAUUUUAGUUGAUGGAUUUUAUGGAGCCAAACUUUUAGAAAAAGAGUUUCCUAACGACUACGAAUUCCUGACAAGUUUUGAUAUUGACGCAGAAUUCCUCGAAGACGGGCAUCACUACAGACAUUCAGGGCCAGUUAUAACAAUUGAUAAGAUGAAGGAUAUAAAACAAAUACGGUUUAAUUCCUAUGAUCGUACACCCAUGGCAUUCUCUAGCCGAGAAGAGUGCUUAGCUUAUUACCGGGCACUGAAAAACUUGUCACGAUAUUAUGAAGAGCCUUCUAACCAAUGGCAAUUUAAACUUACACCAGGUGUGGUGAUAGCAAUUGAUAACUUCCGAGUGCUUCAUGGCAGAACAAGUUUUACCGGCAAUCGAAUACUUUGCGGUAGCUAUGUGUCGCGUUCAGAUUGGUUAGAUAAAGCGCGAACUUUGCGGCUUAUAGCGUAAACAAUCUUAUUUUUAAAGCAAGAAAUAAAAUAUUUUAUGUAAAUUUUUAAAAUUGUUAUUUUCUUUAAUAUUCUACCGACUUCAAAAAGGAGCCGGUACUCAAUUCGACUGUAUGUUUUGUUUUAUGUGUGUUACCUUAUAACUUUUUACUGGGUGAACCGAUUUCGAUGAUUCUUUUUUAUUUGUAAGCUGGUAUUUCACAUGUGAUUCCAUAUAAAUUUGAUCAAAGUCUGGCUAAUAAUUUUUGAGUUAUUCAUAAUAAUUUAUAGUGAAGUCGGCUGAACAAAAUUUUUAAUUUUAAAUUAUUUACAAAACAAACGUCGAUAAACCGUCAACUGCAAGACAAAAAGAUUUAAAAAAUAAAAUGAAACGAUUGUGUAUGUCAAAAAAGUUGUCGAUUUAAAAAAUAUUCUUUUUCUAAUACAAGAUUGUUCAACGCUUUAAUAUGUUAUAAUAUUUUUGAUACUAGAUGGCAUUGUUAAACAAUUUACUUAUACAAAAUUAUAUUACCACAGUUACAUAUAAAUGACAUAUAAAAGUUUUAUUAAUACAAUGUUUUGACAUUAGAUGGUACUGCUAAAAAAUUGUUGCAUUCCUAAAUCUCGAUAUCAUUUGCCCUUUGCAAAUAGUAUAGCUAAGAUGCAUGAUAUCGUAAUAAAGCACUUGUAUCAAGC